CUCUCGCGGGCGCAGGCGCCGCCGUGGGCCCGCGGUGGAGGGCAGCUCGCCCCGGGACGGCGGCUCCAUGCGCUGCCAGGUCUCGGUGCUGUAUUUCGCCAGGAGCGCAGAGCUGGCGGGGCUGCGCUGCGAGACCCUCUCGGUGCCACGGGAGAUCACCUCUCUGCAGCUCUGGGAGGAGAUCGUCAAGGUCCACCCCAGGCUUGCUGUCCUCCGGGAUCAAGUGGUAUUUGCUGUUCGUCAGGAGUACGUGCUUCUUGGAGAUCAGCUCCUGGUCCUGCAGCCUGGAGACGAGGUUGCCAUCAUCCCACCAAUUAGUGGAGGCUGAACCUGCCCACGUUCUGUUAGGUCUGAAAAUGUGAUUGCAAUUCUCCCUCCACCCCAGUACUCUUGAGAAAACCCAACCUGUGUUUCCGUCUGUUUUUCUAUUGUGAUAUGGAAGAAAGCGAAGAUGUGCCAAAAGAUUUUAUCAAGCUCAAGUCUGAAAAACUCUCUGUAGAUGAAGUGUCAGAGCUGGUUGUUUCACCAUACUGUGGGGCAGUGUCUCUCUUCAUUGGUACUACAAGAAAUAAUUUUGAAGGAAAAAAAGUGAUUCACUUAGAAUAUGAAGCCUAUACUUCAAUGGCAGAGACGGAAAUAAAGAAAAUCUGCAGAGAUGUUAGACAGAAAUGGCCUUCAGUCAAACAUAUUGCAGUGCACCAUAGACUUGGUGUGGUUCCAAUAACUGAAGCAAGUGUAAUUAUUGCAGUCUCCUCUCCGCACAGAGCAGAAUCCCUUGAAGCUGUAAUGUACUGCAUCAAUACCUUAAAAGCAUGUGUCCCAAUAUGGAAAAAGGAGAUUUAUGAGGAUGAAUAUUCUUGGAAAGAAAACAAGGAAUGCUUUUGGGCAAAUUCAGAAAAAUAAUUGUACUCUUUUGAAAGUAAAGUGUUACUCUUCCUAAUGUGCAUAUUUACCUUUGCCUUUUUACAGAGAAUCUCUAUGUUUCUAAAUGGUUCUAACAGAUGUUUCAAUUUCAGUAAUUUAGUUUGGACUGAGUGAAAUGAGUGAGGAUUAAUUAGGUGUUUUAGGUGUCUUGACCCUCCUUUGGAAUUGCCUUUUUGUGCAUUUUAACACAGAGUCAGUUUUUAAAAUGAUCUUCCCUAAAAUUUUUUGUUGCAAGGUUUAGACUACUCUGUGAUAAAUACUGUUCUAAUGCUUUUACCUUGGUAGUCUGUGUUCUCUGUCUGAUGGGAGGUCACCACAGGACAAUUAAAUUAUUUUCAGUCUUAAAGUUAAGAAAGGUUUAAUUUUAUAUGACUGCAGACUUAGUUUACAAGCUUUAUGCUAUUUUGACAUUCUUGUAACAUGAAAGCUACUUGAUGUAGAUGAACUAUUUUAGUGCAGACUGAGAAGAAAAUACAAACUAUACCCCAGAGUUACUAACUUUUUAGUAGUGCUUUUGUUCCAGUAGCUCUGUCUCACAGAGAGAUUUUUACUGUGCAGCUGAUGAUUACGAGUCCAUUGCAUUAAAAAAAUAUGGAUAGAGAUUGAUUCAAAGUUAAAGCUAGUACUCUACCAGCAAAAAGUAUUGCCUUAGCAAUAACAUACCAAUCUGUAAAUACUUAAUGAUGUCUAGACAAAAUUUUGAAGGUGACUUUUUGGUUGUGUAGUUGUGUGGUGCUGCAGGAAGAAAAGCCCAAUCUAGCUAUUAUUACAAAUACACAACUAUAGUGUAAUUAAAUUCAGUAAUUUGAUUUCAUAUGUGUGGGGAUUAAAAGUUAUCAGAUGGAAUAGUUUUUCAAAGAAAAGGGAGUUUAUUGAACUUACUGCAAUUCAUAUAUGCAUUUAUAUUCACAUUUAAGAUUUAACCUUAUUACAGUUUUUCUCUUGUUACUGUUUUGAAAACUAGUUAAAUGAACUGACGUAAUAUGCCUGGGUUUCACUGGAAAUACUGGGCUACCUGUCUGAGCAAGGUAAUUUUAUUUUUUAUUCUACUGUGCCAUGGUAGUAUUUAGAUGAUAAGAGUUCAAAGCCCCAUUGUAUAUGGCAUUUCUGCUAAUGCUGGGAGGCAGUGUUAUCUAGUCAUCAUUAUCAGUGUAGACAAGGCAGAUACAAGUGAAGGAAAAUAAGGUAAUGCAAAAUCAUUUGCUCAGUUGCUCAUAUAUAUGUUCCUACAUCAUAUAUAGUUAUUUAUAAUCCAGGUGCAAGGUCAUACUACUGAGUCAGGGCAAUCCCAAUCACAAGUACAAGGUGGAGGGAGAAUGGAUCAAGACUAGCACUGGGGAGAAACACUUGAGGGUAUUUGUGAACAAAAAGCUCAGUAUGAGCUGGCAAUGUGCACUUGCAGCCCAGAAAUCUGGUUCUGUCCUGGGCUGCAUCAAAAGCAGGAGGGCCAGCAGGUCAAAGGGUUUGAUUCUGCUCCUCUGCUGUGCCCUCAAGAGACCCCACUGGAGCACUGCAUCUGGUUCUGGAGCCCCCCAGUGCAAGAAGUUUUAUUGGAAUGAAUCCAGAGAGGACCACUAAGUUCAUCAGAGGACUAGAACACCUCUCCUAUGAAGACAGGCUGAGAGCUGGGGUUUUUCAGCUUGCAGAAGGCUCCAGGGAAACCUUACAUCACCUUUUAGUAUCUAAAUGGGGCUUACAAUAAAUUUGGAGGGGGAAUUUUCACAACAACAUGUAGCGAUAGGACAAGGGAGAACGGCUUUAAGCUGAAAUGAGGGUAGGUUUAGAUCAGAUGAUAGGAAGAAAUUCUUUACUAUGAGGGUGGUGAGGCACUGGCACAGGUUGCCCAGAUAAGCUGUGGAUGCUUCAUCCCUGAAAAUAUUCAAGGUCAGGCUGGAUGGGACUCUGAGCAACCUGGUCUAGUGGAAGGUGUCCCAGCCUAUAUCAGGAUGGUUGCAACUAGAUGAUCUGUAAGGUCCUUUCCAACCCAAACCAGUCUUUGAUUCUGUAAUCAUUGCAUCACACACUAGUGAAGCCUCAGCUGUAUGUUCUAUUUUAUCAUGUCUGCAAAAAUCUACUAACAACUUCUAGCUACACAAAGUAAAAUGAGGAAAAAAAAAUUUCCCCCCAGGGAUUUUAAUAAACUUUAAUACUUAGUUACUAUAUCUGAUUUAAGUAAAUUGUAAGGAAACAUACAGCUUCAGGCAGAAACAUCAUUAAACUGUGCUUAUUAAAUUAUUGAUGUAUUUUCCUCAGUGGAAGUCAGUCCUUCAUCUGCAGGACAGCAGCUGCUCCUUGUGUGUUUACACCUCUACAAACCAUUGGGCCCUAUUAUCUAGGCAGAGCUGGUCAAGUACAAGACUGAGUUUUCCUUUUUUUGGAGGUUGGAGAGAAGCCCUCUGCUGUUUGAAUGUCAUUUUUCCUGGGAAUUGUACAGAAUACUGACCACAAUCACUUGCUUUGUGAAAGGAUUAUUUUUCGCUUUAGAAGAGAGAAAUACAUGAACUUUUUUAAUGUUUGGUGUUCAUUUUUCCAUGUUUAUGUUUGCUGUUACCAUGCAACUAAUUGUGUAUUAAUUUCACAAAAAUAAAUGUUUAGCUUGUU